AUGGUUACCUCAACCUCUCGUCUGUUGACAGCCAUUUGUGCCCUGGCUGGCUCCGCCGCCGCAGUCACCCCACUCAAGGUCCAGGGCAAGGACUUUGUGAACUCCAAGACUGGCGACCGUUUCCAGAUUCUUGGUGUCGAUUACCAGCCCGGUGGCUCCUCGGGUUUCAGCAAGGAUAGCGAUCCCUUGAGCGAUGGUGAUGUUUGCAUGCGCGAUGCGGCCCUCAUGCAGCGUCUUGGUAUUAACACCAUCCGUGUGUAUAACCUGGAGCCCACUCUUGACCACAACAAGUGCGCCUCCAUCUUCAAUGCGGCGGGUAUCUAUAUGAUCCUCGAUGUGAACUCGCCCCUCACCAAUGGCUACCUGGACCGCACCGCUCCCUGGACCACCUACACCAAUGACUACUACCACCAGGUCUUUGGUGUGAUCGAGGCCUUCAAGGCCUUCGACAACACUCUGGGCUUCUUUGCUGGAAACGAAGUCAUCAACGAGGACGCCACUCGCUUGGCCCCUGCUUACGUGCGGGCCGUCAUCCGUGACAUGAAGGAUUACAUCGCCAAGCAGAGCGAUCGUGCCAUUCCCGUCGGCUACUCGGCAGCAGAUGUCCGCGAUAUCCUGAUGGACACAUCCAACUACUUUGAAUGCGAGAUGAAGAACUCCACCAGCUCGCGCGCCGACUUCUUCGGGCUGAACUCCUACUCCUGGUGCGGUGAUGCCUCGUACAAGUCCAGCGGGUUCGAUGUUCUGACCCAGGACUUCUCCAACGCUACUCUGCCUGUCUUCUUCUCCGAGUAUGGCUGCAACGAGGUGAAGCCUCGUAUCUUUACCGAGGUGCAGGCUCUGUAUGGCGAGGAAAUGACCCAGGCAUUCUCCGGCGGUCUGGUUUACGAGUGGACCCAGGAAGAGAACGAGUACGGCCUGGUCAAGAUUGACGAUGACGGUAGCGUCACCACCCUGAUCGACUUCGACAACCUGCAGAAGCAGUUCAACAAGCUCGACAUCAGCCGCAUCACGACCAGCAAUAGCACCCAGACAAGCGUCACCCCGCCCACUUGCGACCCGUCGCUGAUCAGCAACUCCACCUUCUACAACGCCUGGAAUCUGCCCGAGGCUCCCUCCAAGGUGUCGGACUACAUCAAAAACGGUCUGCCCAACAAGCCAGUGGGCGCUCUGGUUUCGGUCACCGGUGGCAAAAUCCCCCAGAAGGUGGUGAAUCACAACGGCAAGGAGAUCAGCAACGUUGAGCUCAAGGUCCUCGCCAGCGACGCGGUCAAUACUCCCUCCCCUUCCAACGACGAUUCCUCCUCAUCUUCUACCUCCGGUACCUCCACCGGCACCGCAAUCGCUUCGUCGUCCUCGGGUGCAUCAACCAAGACCAAUGCCGCAUCUUCCUUGAACGGUGCCCCGGCGGUCGCCCUCGGUGGUGUGAGCGGUUUCUUCAUGCUGCUUGCCUCCCUUUUGUAA